CAUCAAUAUUUCAUCGGCGUCAAUAAGAGGCAGCAGUGGGGACAGCAGCUGCGGCAGCACUCGUGCCAGCUCCAGCCACAGCUUGCAGGGAGAGUCAGGCGUCCGUUCCUGCCACCGCCAUGGACGUCUUCAAGAAGGGCUUCUCCAUCGCCAAGGAGGGAGUGGUGGGCGCCGUGGAGAAGACCAAGCAGGGGGUGACGGAAGCAGCUGAGAAGACCAAGGAGGGUGUCAUGUAUGUGGGAGCCAAGACCAAGGAGGGUGUUGUGCAGAGCGUGACCUCAGUGGCUGAGAAAACCAAGGAGCAGGCCAGUGCCGUGAGUGAGGCUGUGGUCACCAGCGUCAACACCGUGGCCACCAAGACCGUGGAGGAGGUGGAGAACAUCGCGGUCACCUCAGGAGUGGUACACAAGGAGGAACUGAAGCAGACUGCCCCCCCACAGGAGGAUGAGGCAGCCAAAGUGGAAGAGGAAGCAGCUGAGGAGGCCAAGAGUGGAGGAGACUAGAGGACUACAACACCCCUCUGCCUGGACCUCAUUCCCUCCUGGCACGCGAGUGCCCAGUCCUGGAGUGUGACCUUUGGGAUCACCCACGCUUCCAUACCACACCCAGCCACCACAUGCCUGUCCUCUCUUGCCACCGCCAUUUCCAUCUCUCUCCCUUGACCCCUCCCCGCCUCUAGUCCUUCUGACCCCACAGAUGCUGCUGUGAUUUUUUUUUAUUUUAAUGAUUUCAAAUAAAACUCAAGUCCCCACCCCUGGUCAUACUGGCA